GUGACCUCCCACCUCCGGCCCCCUUUGGGGAGAGGGACAUCUCAGUAAGGAAGGAUGCAAAAAUAGCCGACCACUAUCACUUACGAGAAGUCUUGGCUACAGGAAGAUUUGGAGUAGUAAAAAGAUGUGUGGAGAAGAGACUAGGCCUGGUGUUGGCAGCAAAAACCAUCAAAAUACACAGUCCCCAGGACAGAGUUGAUGUUAGAAUGGAAAUCGACGUCAUGAAGAGUUUAAACCACAGAAAUCUACUCAGAAUUUACGAUGCCUUCGAGACAAGAAAAGAAAUGACCCUAGUCAUAGAAUAUAUUGCGGGCCACGAGUUGCUGGAAAGAGUUUUAGACGACAACUAUCACCUAACGGAGAAGGACGGAGUUAUGUUCAUGAGACAGGUGUGCGAAGGUGUGCGGUACAUGCACGCCAACGGCAUCAUACACCUGGACCUUAAGCCAGAGAACAUCAUGUGUGUUGACACGAAGACAAACCACGUUAAGAUCAUAGACUUCGGGCUGGCCAGAAGACACAACCCAAAGAAGCUUCUGCAGGUAGCGUUUGGAACGCCAGAGUUCUGUGCCCCUGAGAUUCUCAACUACACCAACGUGUCCUACAUGACGGACAUGUGGAGUGUGGGCGUCAUCACCUUUGUGGUAUUAUCAGGGCUCUCUCCCUUUCUGGGGGAGGACGACACAGAGACCAUGAACAAUGUGGUCGAGUUCUGCUGGGACUAUGAGUUCGAAGAUGAGGAGUGGAACGAUAUCUCAACCGAGGCAAAAGACUUCAUCUCAAAACUGUUGGUGUACAACUUGGGUUUGACUGGCUUGUCCCCGUUCCUCGGCGAGGACGAUUUUCUGACCAUGGGGAACAUCGUCGACUUUUGCUGGGAUUAUGACUAUUCCGCAGACAAGGAGUGGGAAACUGUCUCGGACGAUGCCAAAGACUUCAUCACUAAAUGUCUUGUGUACAACCUAGGGGGAAGGAUGUCAGCGGAAGACUGCUUGAGACAUCGAUGGCUGGCCAGGGGGCAGAAGAAGGAGGAGAUCAUCAACAACAAGGAAGCUCUAAGAAAGUACCUCAUCCGGAAAAAGUGGAAGAAAGCAGGGCUAGCCGUUCGCGGAGCCAUUCGCCUUGCCCGCCUGGCCUCUUUCCCUGCAACAGCGCCAGCGCCGCGCCCGCCAUCAACGAUAGAAAGGCCCCUCAAAAAAGACGGGGGCACAACGAGCAUGGAGAAAGCUGAGGAAAUAUAGUUGGACUGAUAUUUAACUAUAUUGAGUCUCAUUUUGUAUGAUACGAUGUAUUUGGUGUUGACUAUGUAAAGUUUUUAAGUUGUGGUAAGCCACCUUACCAUCUACGAUAGAAAGGCCCCUCAAAAAAGAUGGGGGCACAACGAGCGUGGAGAAAGCUAUUUGGGUUGACAUCCGAAUAAAAGCUCAUCUGUGUCGGUAGAAUUUACAGUUGUAUAGUUUAAGCUUUGUUCCAACACUGUGAUGGUGGCAGGUUCCGUCUU